CGGGUGUUCGGAGAGAAGAUUGCCUGGCCGGUCGUCGUUCUGCGGGUGUUCACUGAUAAGGGUUCCCCAAUUGCCACGGUUGCAUUGACUGUACUCAAUUCUACGUGGCAAGCCGGCGAACGCACCAUGCGAAAAAUACUACGACAGGAAGCACCGUUUCUCCAUCGUCGCGCAGGUUGCCGUCGACCUGGACUUGCGUGUGCUCGAUGUGCACAUGGGAUACCCGGGUCGCUGCCAGGACAUCAGGGGCUCCAGUUGUCCAACCUGUCGCAGCGUGCGGAGGGGUCAUUGUUCCAUGGUCCCCCUGUGACAUACCAUUCGACGUGAAGACGACCGGGUAUGUCCUGCCGGACAAUGGCUACCCCCCUUCGGAAUGGAUGGCUGUCCCGUAUGGAGGCGUCAAUCAGCACGUCGACCAGGAGCGCCUUGACAACAAGCAGAAGGUGGCGAGGGGAGCGAUGGAGAGGUCAUUCGGCAGGCUGAAGGGCAUGUGGCAGCUGUUUCUGCGGAUACACAAGAUGAACCUGGACACGAUCCCGCAGCAGUUCACCGCCGUCUGUAUACUGCACAACAUACUGAUCGACACUGGAAUUCCGUUCGACGAGCAUCUGCUAUGGGAGGUUGACGCUAAUGGUGUGCGACGUCGUGUGGACCUGGGGAUCGAAGAGCUCCUUCAGCCUGUGUCUAUGAUUACGUCGACGAGGGAAGUGUUGGCGCUGCGGAAUGCUUUGGCGAAACUAAUGAAACACGAUUGAGUUGUGUUCACAUGGUGGACGGCAGCGCGUGGAAGUGUAGUCAUUGCAGCACUGGCCGGAGGGCAGAUUCGUUGUUUCGUCCAGCCUUGAUUGGGUUGUUAGUAAGCGUCCCGCCUUGGGGUUGCUAGUGUGUGUUGGAGGUUGUAGUUCGUCGGUGUCCCGAUUCGUGGAUGUGUGUGACCGUUGUUUAUGGAGUUUUUUUAUUGGCGUUUACGUAACCUUUUAGGGAUACGGCGCACUAACAGCGAGUGCCGUUUAGAAGAGAGAGCAGGGUUGGUCAUGCAGGUGGGCCUGAAACUUGUCCCCCCUGCGUUGCAUUUUGAUGUCUUUUUAAUGAAAUGAUGUACAAUUU